UGAGAAGGUGUGAGUGAUGUGAGGAAAUGAGGGUAGGGGAGAAGGAAAGGAGGAGACGGGAAAUGUGUUAAGGCUCUGAACAAUGAGUCGCUGCAACCAUUUGAGGAGGGAAGCUAUCAACUGACCUGUUCUGUCCUUUCUCUCCCUCUGUUUCAUUCCAGACUGACUCACUACUGGACUGCCAAACCACAGAAGAAGACAUCUGAGCAAACACGAGAGUGAGGGAACAGGCAACUCAGAAACGGAGGGAGGGGGAGGAAAAACUAAAGGAGGUGAGGAAGACUAGCAGGGGGCAGAGUGAGAAGGCAGCCAAGGAAAGUCAGAUCAGAGCCGUAGAGCAAGAGGGUGAAAGGAAGUGAUUGACAAGUCACACAGGGUGAGGGAUUGGAGGUCAGAGGUCAAGUGAUCAGACUGACCACUGAUUCAGCUUGACUGCCCAAAUCCAACAGUUGUGUCUUCACUGUUGCCACACUGGGAAAACUGGUGAGGAGGAGGAGGAGCCACCAUGAGCGACCAGAACGUCGUCAAGGAAGGCUGGGUCCAGAAACGAGGCGAGUACAUCAAGAACUGGCGGCCGCGCUACUUCCUGCUGAAAAUGGACGGGUCCUUUAUUGGCUAUAAGGACAAGCCACAGGACUCGGAUCUGGCCUAUCCACUCAACAACUUCUCUGUAGCAAAAUGUCAGCUGAUGAAGACGGAGCGGCCGAAGUCAAACACCUUCAUCAUCCGCUGUCUGCAGUGGACCACGGUCAUCGAGAGGACGUUUCACGUUGACACGCCUGACGAGAGGGAUGAAUGGGCUGAGGCCAUUCAGAUGGUUGCGGACUCGCUGGCCAAGCAGGAAGAGGAAGGAAUCCUGUGCAGUCCAACAUCUCAGAUUGAGAACGUCAACGAAGAGGAGAUGGACACUUCCAUCAGCCACUACAAACGCAAGACAAUGAAUGACUUUGACUAUCUGAAGCUUCUGGGUAAAGGCACCUUUGGGAAAGUCAUUCUGGUGAGGGAGAAGGCGAGCGGCACGUAUUAUGCCAUGAAGAUCCUCAAGAAAGAAGUCAUCAUAGCCAAGGAUGAAGUUGCUCACACACUGACAGAAAGUAGAGUAUUAAAAAACACUCGGCAUCCAUUUCUAACUUCUCUGAAAUAUUCGUUCCAGACGAAGGAUCGGCUGUGCUUUGUCAUGGAGUACGUCAACGGCGGCGAGUUGUUUUUCCACUUGUCGAGAGAGCGAGUGUUUUCAGAAGACCGCACCCGUUUCUACGGCGCUGAGAUCGUCUCUGCUCUCGAUUACCUACAUUCUGCAAAGAUUGUUUACCGCGAUCUGAAGUUGGAGAACCUGAUGUUGGACAAAGAUGGUCACAUCAAAAUCACAGACUUUGGUCUCUGCAAAGAAGGAAUCACUGACACGGCUACCAUGAAAACCUUCUGCGGGACUCCGGAGUACCUGGCUCCUGAGGUGUUGGAGGACAAUGACUACGGGCGUGCGGUAGACUGGUGGGGUUUGGGCGUGGUGACAUAUGAGAUGAUGUGCGGCCGCCUGCCGUUCUACAACCAGGACCAUGAGAAACUGUUCGAACUCAUCCUCAUGGAGGAGAUCAAGUUCCCACGCACGCUGUCUGCAGACGCCAAGUCGCUGCUGUCCGGGCUGCUCAUCAAGGACCCCAACAAAAGGCUGGGCGGUGGACCGGAUGACGCAAAGGAGAUCAUGCGACACAGUUUCUUUGGUACAAUCGACUGGCAGGAUGUCUACGACAAGAAGCUGGUCCCGCCCUUCCAGCCACAGGUCUCCUCGGAGACAGACACGCGUUACUUUGACGAGGAGUUCACAGCACAGACCAUCACCAUCACUCCACCGGAAAAAUACGACGAGGACGGGAUGGACGCGGCGGACAAUGAACGAAGGCCUCACUUCCCGCAGUUCUCCUAUUCAGCCAGCGGGCGGGAGUGAGCGCUCCAGACCAGUAUCGUUCCGAUUUGUGGCCAUUUUGAGGAAAACACGUAGCCAUUUUAGGAAAAAAGAAAAAGAACA